CGACCCCUCCAAAUGUUUUCUUCCCCGCAACCCCUCCCCAGAAGUUCAACCAUUGUUUCCUCAGUUACCAAUUACCAGCUACCAGCUACCAGCUACCAUGCAUCACCGUUAUCUGGUAUUUUCCCUCUUCCAGGCUGGAGUACUCGCUGCUCCGGCCUUUACUGGAGGCCCCGUAAUUGUCGGCGAGAAUGGCCGCACCAGCGCCCCUACCCACGGCCCCUACACUGGAACCCCGACGGUUACAGGUGCUGUCACAGCUCCAGGCACACUGGCCCCCUCCAUCGCUCCCAAACUCCCCAACCCGACUGCCACCUACUACAAUGCCGAUGGUGUGCCUCAAAAUCCCAUGCCAGCCCCCUAUGUUCCCGCUGGCGGGCUGGGAACCAACGGCACCGAGCCUCGCUACAUGGUCGAGAGUGACUGGGACUUUGAAUCGAUCGCCCUCGGCGUCUACCAAGAGUACAUCGAGCUGGACCUGUUCCACGAUGGCCUCGCCCGCUUCAGUGAAGAGGAUUUCAGAGCCGCCGGCAUUGACCCCGAGGUACGGUCCCUGAUCCAGUUCUUCGCCGACCAGGAGACCGGCCACGCCACCCUCCUCAGCAACAUGCUGGGAGAAGCGGCCCCGAAGCAGUGCGUGUACGACUACCCCUACACGAAUGUCCGCGAGUGGCUCGACUUUAACCAGCGCGUCACCCGCUACGGCGAGUCGGGUGUUUGGGGAUUCAUCUCACACUUGGACUCGCGUGAGGUCGCUACGCUGCUCUCACUGUCCAUUGCAACCGAGGCACGUCAGCAGUUUGCGUUCCGGCAAAUGGCCGGUCUCGCGCCCGUCAAUGUCUGGUUUGAGAACGGCUGGCCCCAGUCGUGGCAGUGGACCAUGCUCGCGCCUUACAUUAGUUACUGCCCCGAGGGCACCACGCGCCUUGCCUGGCAAAACUUUCCGACUCUGCGCAUCCUCAACAACCCUAACAUCAACAGGAUUGUGGCGAACAAUACGCAAACAGAUGGAAGCGAGCAAGUUGGCGACCGCAUCACCGAUCCCUCGCGAUUUAACGUCAGUUCUGGCGACAGCUGCAUCAGCGCGCAGGGAGUCGGUGAGAACUGCAGCCCGGCAAUUUCUCGAAACCGCACACAGCCGCUCUCGUAUCCUGGAAAGAGGGUCUUCUUCGAAUGGGAGACCCCGGGACAAGCUGUGGGUCCCAACAACUCGUACGUCACCUCGUCCACCGCGGGCCAGCCCAAAUUUGUGGCGUGGAGUAGCCAGUUGAACCUGACCUACUCGCCAUUGACUGUGACUGAGGGUAAUAGAGGGUGGACGACACAACCAGAGGGGUUUGUCUAUGGGGAUGAUGGGAUUAUCAACGGGACUAUGGCUGUGAUGCUGACCGACACGGAUCUGUUCGUGACCCCAUUCAACUUGACGCAGUUGAACCCCCACAUUGUGGCGCUUGGUCUGUACCAGGCUGGCUGAGUGGAGAUAAGAAUAUUGAUGCAUGAUUGAAUCGAUAGUUUACUUGCAAUCAGACAGAUUUGAG